CCUUUGCUCUGAAAACCCAUUGGAGUAGGACACACAGAGACCGCUGUGAGAAGUGCGCAUGCGCCCUCAGAACUUAUGAAUGUAAUGUAACAGUGGUGAGAUACAAUCUGUCACAUUCAGCUCGUGAGAGAUAAAGUAACUAUCACUGCAGGCAGCGCGAACGGUUAUUUGGCUCGUAUGGACUCGAUUUUGAACUGCAAACAGGAAGAUUUGGAGAAUUAUUAUGGACUUCUUGGAUGCGAUGAGCUGUCAUCGACUGAGCAAAUACUGAAUGAAUACAAAAUAAGAGCCUUGGCUUGCCACCCUGACAAGCAUCCAGAGAAUCCUAAAGCAGUGGAAGAGUUUCAGAGGUUGCAGGAAGCCAAAGAGGUUUUGACCAAUGAGGAGAGCCGGAAGAACUACGACCUAUGGCUGAGGAGCCAGCUCACCAUGCCUUACCGAGACUGGCGGGCCCUCAGCCAAUCAGUGAAGACCUCAAUGCACUGGGCAGUGAGGCCAAAGAAGGAGCCGAUGCUGGAGGAGGCCAAAGAAGAGACGGUGCCACCUCCUGUCCAAGAGGAGAAGGACGAGGAGAAGGAGAAAGUCUCCCUCUCUGAACAGGAGCAGACGCAAGAGCAGUCCUCCUCAUACAGCCCUCUCUCCCCCAGUGACUACUGGCAUCAACGAUUCCGGUGGUCAGCCGAUGCUCCCUCUGAUAUUUUGCUAAAAUUUCGGAACUAUGAAAUAUAACUAUCAAAUCCCUGUUUUAGAUAUU